AUUUUAGUGUUAUCAUUCCCCGUGUGAACACUUUGAAAACCAUCGUUCGAGUACGCGAUCGGGCUUGUGGGCAGCCGAUUUCAAUAUUUUAGCAUUAAAUUUGUGUUAAUUUGAUAGUUGAGAUUAGUAGUACAAGUUUCUUAACUAAGUAUUGCGGAUUAGCGAAAGCUGGGGGCAAUGGAAUACGCGUUACAGGGCAACAUCGAUUUCGCACAGCAAACUUGACCUUGACGUAAUGAACAGGACCUGCCAGCCGUGAAUAAAGCAUCGAGGUGCAGACAUCUUCAUCAUUUGAACCAACUGACUCAGGUGAAGUAAUAGACAGGCCUGAAUAUAAAAAAAUCCACGACGAAUAUCGUAAUUUGGUGGACGUGAUGCUGGGAUCAUUUAUGGACGAUAUAGGUAUUUCUGCUGAUCAGUUCGAAGCAGCAUGUCGUAUAUCUGCUCACGAUCUCGCUGAACUCCCGGCGUAUUUCCACAAGCGUUUGUUUGAACAGAUUUGGGCUGCAAAUGACUACGAUAUGUUCGUUAAAAUGAUGACUCACAAGAAUGUAGAACUUCAACUACAGGCACUGGAACUUAUUGAACAGCGUUAUGGAGUAUUGCCGAACCUCUUUUCGUCUGAUUCUGAAGACUUGGAUACGUCACGAAGUGAAGAAGAGGAUGGUUGGCAAGACAAUGAUGACGUUAUGACCGAAAUUAAAAAGCUUCAGUUGAACGAUUCCGAGGGUGUGGAUGACGCAGUCACUGUGCCACCAGAAGACGUCGUGGUGGAGAAAAAAAAUCUUUUAUCUAAGUUACAAACAUUCGAAAAGAAAGAGGAGAUUGAAAAGAAAGAAGUGAAAAGUGAGGACAAAAAGGAACCUAUUUCGAAAUCCAAACGCGCUGAACCCAUUAUUACUGUUCAAAAAGUAGAAGUAAGCGAGGAAGAUGUCCGAGCUCGACAGGAAUACCUCAAACAGCAGAGAGAUAAGUUGUUGGCACUCAAAAAACAAGUUCGUGAGAAACAACUCGGAGCCGCCGAGACACCAACAGAAUUAGGAGGCGAAGGCAGCAGGUUUCAGAGGCCUUGUUCAGCUCGCGCGGCACAGGCAGCGCUCAAGGGCAGCACGCCGCAGCCACCGCCCGACGCUAUGCAGCUGCGCCGGGCUCUCGCCUCUAAGUUAAAGGCAGAAGUCGUCGAUAUUCACAACUAAAUUAUUAUUACUGUUUUCAGAUAUCUUGGUGGCUCUUAACACGUGUCGCUGCGCACAAAAUUUAGGUGUAGCGGGAUGGGGGGAGGGCAUUGCAUUGCGUAAUGACCUUGGGCCGCCAAGAUAUUUGAAAGGAGUAAUAAUUGCAUAUGUUAUGUUUGACUUUAGAAUUUGUCUAAGCAAAUAAUUAUUCUUAUUCAGUAAUGUACUUGUAAUUUAACGAUGUCUUAAUAAAUGAUAAUAGC